AGGUCAGUCCUUGAGCGGCGCUCCCUUGGAAUCUGCCAGCAGGCUGGCAGAUUGGCCUCCACUCUUCCACGGAUCUGAUCCGUGUGUCACCGCCACCAUGAUUGCUCUUUGAAAUGGUGUGUGAGAAGAACCUUUUGCGAGAAGCUCGUGAGAGAGUUGGCCAUUUGAAAGCACUUCUGCUCCGAGUUACCCCAGCUCUGAGGAGUCCUUGAUAAGUGCCCAGCUCGAUAAAAGUUAACCAGAUUAGAGUAAAUGUAGAUCAAUCUCAGAGCUGCUUCUUUCCAAAAAAAAUCUUCCGAAUGGCGACCUCAGCUUUCUCCUCUGUCCUAGUACUAAAUCACUCCAACUUGGACUCGGAGGAUCUCAGACCAGACUCUUAGCCCUACUAUUACUUAGUAGCCUGUCUCUCAGCUGUCUUCCACAGCAGGACGGCUCUGCGUCUCAGCUGCCGUGCCUCAGCUGCCGCAGGACGGCCCGCAAAGUAGUAGGCAGCAAAUCGACACGUGUACCAAUCUGGUGCGCGCCGUCAGCGGCGAGCCUGGUUCGGCCACAGCUGCUUCUGACAACCGCCGCUGAGCCAGGCUCUGACUGAAGUCAAAGAGCAACCAAGACGAGGUUCUCGGACUCUCGGACCUGCGGUGCGUUCCUGAUGAUGAUGAGCCUCAGCGAGCCUAGUGAUUCUUCCCCUGAGGCUGCUUCUCGAGUCGACUCCAAGUCGCGUUAAGUCAGGCAGCAAUCGAGACGAGACCCGCUGUGUCACGUUCCUGACAAAUAUGAGUUCCCCAGGGCCGUGGGGCCACAAUCAGCGGCAGGAGCCAAGACUCUAUCAUGAGGAGCUUCAGGCUGAAUCCAGACAUGCCAGUCACAGGACCUUACCUCUGCUUGAUGCCGGUCUGAAGCAUCCAGAUGCACUAGACCUGACCCUGCGCUGCAAUGCCGCAGGCGCCGCUGCUACCACUGUUACUACCCCUACUGCUACCACCAAUGACAUCAGCAGGCUGCGGAGCUUUAACUCGAAGGCCAUGGCAGCUACUCAGAGUGACUCCGAGUCGCCUUCCAGCAAGCUUCAGGGUUAUUUGAAUGAAGCUUAUGGCGCCGGCAGAUUUGCUGGGGACGAUGCAGAAGACAUCAUGACGAUGAACUUGAAGGGAGUCAGCACUGCUGCUGGUGCUGACUGUGUCAGAGCCACGCUGGCAUCGACUGACGUGUCGGCAGAAGGGAGGAGCCAUGAUGCGGCGCAAGCUGGGGAUUCGUUAUUGUCACAGCUGGAGAAGCUGGAGGCGGAGUGGAUGGCAGGGUCCGCAUCAAAGAAGCCGCGUUACGUUCACGUCAUGAUGCAAGGUGCUGCUGCUGAUGAUACUACACAUGGGGAUGAUCAUACUAUGAUGGAAAUCAAGCCUCCGUCUUCUGCGGCUCCUAGUUCUGCCUUGACUUCCCCAUUGCAACGCCACCUACACCGCAUUCAGGCGGAUAUAAGGACGCAGCACAGGGAGCACGGCUUGGAAGAUUCGCCUGACCAGUGGCGAGGAGCAGCAUUCUCCCCAUCGCUGCCACUCGCGUGCCCGCCACAGCCCCUUCCCCCUGCUGGUGCAGUCCGAGCAGCAGCGUCGGCAUCUGAAGUGGCAGCAAAGGACUCAGCGGCACCCGCAGCAACGUCAAGAGGAGCAGCACCAAUCCAGCCGCUUAUUCACCAGUCUAAAAAACCUCAUGAAUGCGGCUCGGCAGAUUCCAGGCCUUCUGUAGCUGAGGCAGCUGUCGAUUCAUCUUCUACUAUGCAGCUUUCGAUGUCCUCGCCCGUUCUUCUAGCCUGCAGCAGUUCUUCCUCAGUGCAUGUUGUGGCUGGCAGUCGAGUGAUCGUUCCCAGGAGCGCCUGGGCUCAAACUAUGGUGGUAAACCACCUUGAGCGAGCGCAGGGGGUUACAAAUGGCAAGCGCAAAAGUGGCAGUAUGCUCGGUCACAACGAGCUCUACAACGAGGUGCUGUCUUCAGUGAGGCUAUCUGUUCAGGCUAAAGGGGAAGAAAGUUAUUCCUCAGCAAGGGAACAGGUCAUCGCCAGCGGCAACAAAGCAGGACUAGAUUCCAAGUGCUUGCAUGAAGCUGCUCUAGGAGAAUGUAGUGGGAAGCAGAUCCACGAAGGGCAGGGAGUAGUCAUGGCUGAGUCCGUAGUACGCAAGCCUUUGAAAAGAAACAUGAGCGACAUAGAGGAAAAGGAAACUCUCAGCAUAGUUCUUCUUGGGAGAAGAGUAGAGGCUGAGCUGGCUUCUACAGCCUUCAAAUGAAGGCCCUUGUAGGUUGUCAAACCCCUUGUUUUGUAAUAGUAACAGAUUCCAUAUGUAUGAAUGUUU